GUAAACCUAAAACAUUCUAUCACUUAUAGUUGAAUUUGAAGUACGAUUAGUCAAUUGUUGAAAUCCAAAGACACAGUUGUUAUAAACAAUGCAUGUAAGUCUCUAGAGAAUAGAGCUGCGUAUAGGGUUAGGUUAAGGGAGGAAACUAAACAACAGUGUGGAGUCUAGACUGUCUAGUGAUCAUUAACCAACCAGGCCCCUACUUGAAUCACAAUACAAAAGGGUGGACUUUCUCUCUUUUAUACUUUUGUGUCAUUGUCCGAUCCUCUAUUUUUUUUCAUAUCUCUUUCGUUAAAUUCUUUAUUACGUAGUACAAAUUAUGAACAGAUUCAUGCAUCAACGGGGAAAAGGAAGUAUGAAGAUGAAUAACAACGAUGAACAGCACAAAAUGGUGUCGUUUCUGGGGAAAAACAUCGUGAAAGCAACUAUUUUCAUCGUUGUUUCUCUAUUCAUACUGGGCUAUCUCCAUUUUAAUGAUUCUGAAGACUUCAAACUAAUAACAAAGAUAAAUGAGCCUAAAUUCCCUAACCGAUGCGACGCCGUACAAAACCAAUCACAUCAAGUUCACGUCUCUCAGAAUCUCCCAUCGAGACUAAACCGCAACCGUUCAAAACACCCCGCGUGUCCUUCUUACUUCCGUUGGAUCCACGAAGAUCUACGUCCGUGGAAAGAAACGGGGAUAACUAGAAACAUGGUCGAGAAAGCGGGAAGGACGGCGCAUUUUAGACUGGUGAUCCACGGUAGCAAAGCGUACGUUAAGAGAUACAAAAAAUCGAUUCAGACAAGAGCUGAUUUUACUCUGUGGGGAAUCCUGCAGCUGUUGCGGUGGUACCCUGGGAGAUUGCCCGAUCUCGAGCUUAUGUUCGACGCUGACGAUCGUCCCAUCGUCCGAUCUGAUGACUUUAAAGGCCAAAACAUGGAACCACCUCCGCUUUUCCGUUACUGCUCUGAUGAUGCCAGCAUGGAUAUCGUUUUUCCUGAUUGGUCCUUCUGGGGCUGGGCUGAGAUCAACAUUGAGCCAUGGGGUAAGUCGCUGGAGGCAAUCAAAAAAGGGAACAACAUAACGCAAUGGAAGGAUCGCGUGCCGUACGCUUAUUGGAAAGGCAAUCCUGAUGUGGACCCCACGAGAAAAGACCUUCUCAAGUGUAAUGUUUCGGAACAUGAAGACUGGAAUACUCGACUCUAUAUUCAGGACUGGGAUAAAGAAUCGAAAGAAGGGUUUAAGAACUCUAAUCUAGAGAACCAAUGCACGCACAGAUACAAAAUAUACAUAGAAGGAUGGGCAUGGUCGGUUAGUGAGAAAUAUAUAAUGGCAUGUGAUUCAACGACACUGUACGUGAAACCAAGGUUCUACGAUUUUUACAUACGAGGAAUGAUGCCACUUCAACACUAUUGGCCAAUCAGAGACGACUCCAAAUGUACUUCUCUCAAGUUCGCCGUACAUUGGGGCAAUACCCAUGUGGACAAGGCACGUGAGAUUGGAGAGUUAGGGAGUAGAUUUAUAAGAGAGGAAGUGAAUAUGAAGUAUGUGUACGACUACAUGUUUCAUUUGCUGAAUGAAUACGCAAAGCUCUUGAAAUUUAAACCAGAGAUUCCUUUGGAUGCGGAGGAGAUCACGCCGGAUAGUAUGGGAUGUCCGGCGACGGAACGGUGGAGAGAUUUUAUGGCGGAGUCUAUGGUAAUGUCUCCAAGUGAAGAGCUUCCUUGUGAGAUGCUUCCUCCUUAUGACCGUCUAGCUUUAAAAGAGGUUCUUGAGAGAAAAGCUAAUUUAACACGUCAAGUUUCGCUGUGGGAGGACCAAUACUUUCAUGAUUUGACCAACAAACCUUAAUCUAUACAAAAAGAAUUAGUAUUGAGUAUUAACAUCUCCCUAAUGUUUUCUGUGGCAAUCACAUUAUUUGUUUCUAUCUAUAAUUCUUACAGAUGCUAUAGUCUCUCGGAUCUGAAUCCGGUUAUAACAUGAAAAUAGUCGCAAUAACACUGAUUACUAUA